GCAGCCCCCAAUCCCAAUUCCGCCCACUUCCCCUCUCAGGCCUCGAUCCUCCUUCCCAUUCCCGACCUUCCUUCCCCAAAUCCGAUUUCCCCAUUUGGCCGCCGCCCGCCGCCUCCGAGCUCCGGCCUUCCUGCCUCGAACACCAAACCCGCACAACUCGCCAUGGCUCCGCGGAAGCGCACGGCGGCGGCCUCCUCGAAGAAGCCGCCGCCCUCGCAGCCGUCGCAGCCCGCCAAGUUCGGCAUCCUCCAGUUCUUUGAGCGCCAGUCUCAGGCCCCCUCUCAGGACGCCAAGCGUCAGAAGCCCGACGCUAAGCCCGAACCCAUGCCGCCUCCGCCCCCGCCGCCUCCGCUGCCGGAGGAGGAGGAGCUGUCGGAGGUCUCGCCGGAGGCCACCAAGACUCUGGCGCCAAAGCGGGUCAAGUUUUCUCCCGGAAUGUUGAUCCAGCAGAGCCAGGACGAUGGGGGCGGGGAGGUCGUAAGUUGGAAGUUCUCGCCGGUGAACGAUCGCCUGCGCACUAUCACAUCAAGGCAGAUGCCUGGGAUGGCACUUCGCCCGUGCUCAAAUAGCGAGAAACAUUCAUCACUCGAAGCUAUGAAGAAGUGGCAUUCAUCUCCAUUGGGCAUGUCGAGGUGUACUGCUUCCGCACGCGAUCCUAAUCUGUGUGGUAUUGGCCCAAGUGGUUGCGAUGGCAAGCAGGAUUUCCAGAGCCCAUUUCGGACUCCACCAUCACUGCCUUAUAGCUGCUCUGAGCAGCUGAGUGCUGGUGUUACUUCCAAUGGAGGACCUGACCAGCUGGGAGUAGGGCAGCACAAAAAGGCACUACUGGAUCUUCUAGAUCAAGUCGAAGAUGCAAUUGCGGAAGAAGAAUUGCCAGUAGAUGCUGUGAACAAAGGAGAUCAAGUCACAGGUGGGGAUAGCACAGACAGAAAUUUUUCCCCUAUCAUUAAUAGCGAUCCAAAUCUCCAAUCGAACAAGCCCCUUGAUGCCCCAUCUUUUGAUAGUUAUCUUGUGUUGGAGGUGUCAGAAAAUCACAAAGGUGAUAGUUCAUCAUGUGAUCGCUAUCCUGUUAAGGUUCUGCGUCUGCUGAAUGAGCACUGCGGGAAAGAAUACACAGUGCAUUUGCGCGAUGAAUGGUUCCGUACUACUGUUGGGCCAGGCGACACAGUAAGUGUCAUUGGAGAAUUCGGUGACCAAGGAAAAUGUAUCAUUGAUCAUGAUAGCAAUCUUGUUAUUAUCCAUCCAGAGUUGCUCAUUUCUGGAACACGGGUUGCUUCCAGUUUCCAUUGUCCAAGAAGAUCUGUUCUUGAUGACAGAAUAAAAAGCACAGAACAUUCAACAAGUGCUUUGAUGGGUACUCUGCUUCAUCAAAUCUUUCAGGCUGGGUUACUUGAGGAUGUUCCUUCAAGGCAGUUUUUGGAACAACAGGCAAAAGAAGUCCUUUUGAAAAACAUGGAGAGCUUAUAUGCAUGUGGAGCUAGUGAAAGCAACACAUAUUCGAUUCUUAUUGAAGGAAUCCCUAAAAUGUUGAAUUGGUUCAAGUGCUUUAUGAAGGGUUCAAAAUGUACCAAUGUUGAUUUUGGACAUACUGAAGGACGGAAGACUGUUGGAGUAGCUGAGGUGAUGGAUAUUGAGGAGAUGGCAUGGGCCCCAAGAUAUGGUUUGAAAGGGAUUGUUGAUGCUUCUGUUAGAUCAAGGGUUACAUGCAGUGGUGAUUCAUAUGACAGAGUAAUGCCAUUGGAGUUUAAAACUGGUAAAGGGACUAGUGGUCAGACAGCUAUGGAACACUCUGCCCAGGUGAUACUGUACACACUAUUGAUGACUGAGAGAUACUUGAACAAGGAUAUUGACUCAGGUCUUCUGUAUUAUCUUCACACGGACCAGACAUUGGGUAUCAAAGUUAAGAGGUCUGAUUUAAUUGGGCUAAUAAUGCGUCGGAACGAUCUUGCCUCCGAGAUCCUGAAGGCAUCAAUUUCACAGAGUUUUCCUCCAAUGAUACAGAUCCCAUCAUCAUGUAAUGGAUGCAGACACCUGACUUCAUGCACAAUAUAUCACAAGGCGCAUGGAGGCACCGCUGCAACUAGUGGGCUGGGGGAUCUAUUUGAUAACCUUGUGAAUCACUUAACAGUUGCCCAUCACAACUUUCUUAAACAUUGGGAUAGAUUGAUUGAUCUUGAAGCUAGAAUUUCUCAGGUCAAGAAAAAGGAAAUUUUCCUUCCUCAUCAUUCAAAUACCGAGAGCAAGAAUUCUGCCCCAUGCUAUUUCGUUCUUGAUGUAAAAAAUGAACACUCAAUAGAUUCAUCUGGAAAAAGUAAAAGAUACAUAUAUAAUUUUGUGCGUCAGAAGAUGCAGCCUGAAACAGCUGGCCAGCCAGAACCGCAAGUUGAGAGCCUAGAUUUCACCCUGAAAUCCGGGGAUUGUGUGGUACUUAGCACUCAAUCUGGGCGGAUAGCAGUUGCAACUGGAUCUAUAAGAGACAUCAGCCGUUCCCAUAUAACGGUCUCUUUGUCACGUCGUCUGAGACUUCCAGGUAGUAGUUCCUUGUUAGAGCAAGGAGAUCUCCAACGAGAGCUUUGGCGGAUAGACAAGGAUGAGUUUAGUUCUUCAUUUGCAACCAUGAGACUCAACCUUAUCCAACUAUUUGCUCAGAAUCCACAGAACUCUAAAAUACGGAAGUUAGUUGUUGAUCUCGAGGCUCCCAGGUUUGACAGUGGAGGAUUGCUUAGCCAAGAUCCGGCAUUAUCAUACUUAAGAUCACUGACGAGUUUGAACGACGACCAACAGAGAUCACUGCAGAAAAUUCUAGCAGCAAAAGAUUAUGCUCUUAUUCUAGGAAUGCCUGGAACGGGCAAAACAUACACAAUGGUGCAUGCUGUGAAGUCCUUUUUGAGGAGAGGAGAAUCUAUUUUGCUUACUUCAUAUACUAAUUCAGCUAUUGAUAAUUUGCUUAUGAAGUUGAAGUCCGAGGGUGUAGAUUUUAUUAGAAUCGGGAGGCAUGAAGCUGUACAUCCCGAUGUCAGAGCCCACUGCUUAUCAACAACAGAGGUACAUUCAGUAGAUGCCAUUAAAACAAGAAUGGAGCAAGUGCAGGUUGUUGGAGUUACUUGUUUGGGAGUAUAUCAUCCCUUACUAGCACAUAAGAAGUUCGACACAUGUAUCAUGGAUGAAGCUGGGCAAAUCACAUUACCGGUAUCAUUGGGACCUCUGAUGCUGGCAACAAAGUUUGUUCUAGUAGGAGACCAUUAUCAACUCCCUCCACUUGUUCAGAGCUUGGAAGCUCGAGAGAAUGGGAUGGGUGUUAGCUUAUUUUGGAGGUUGUCAGAAGCACAUCCUCAAGCAAUUUCAGCACUACGAUGCCAGUACCGAAUGUCAUCUGGUAUUAUGGAGCUCUCGAAUUCGUUGAUUUAUGGCAAUAGGUUAUCCUGUGGUUCACUGGAAAUUGCAAAUUCCAAGCUCAAGUUUUCUGGCAAAGGACCAGUUCACUUAAAGUUGAAGGAGAUCUUGAACCCUGACAGGGCUGUCAUCUUUGCCAACACAGAUCAAGUACCAGCGCUUGAGGCCAAGGAACAUAGAAUCGUGAACAACCCUACAGAAGCAUACAUUGUUUCAUGGAUCACUAAACAAUUGCUAAAGAGAGGUGUCUCACAAGAUGAAAUUGGUAUAAUAACCCCAUAUAAUGCCCAAGCAAAUCUCAUUCGGCAACACGUAGACUCUCUGGUUGAGGUUCAUACCAUCGACAAAUACCAGGGGAGGGAUAAAGAAUGUAUCAUCGUAUCUUUUGUGCGAUCUAGUGGGGAUUCAAGGGCGAGUGGUUCUUCUUUGCUUGGUGAUUGGCACAGGAUCAAUGUUGUCUUGACACGUGCAAAGAAAAAACUCAUUAUGGUUGGAUCAGCUGGAACUCUUUCGUCAAUCCCUUUGCUGAGGCUUCUAGUUGAACAGGUAGCCAAGUGUGGCGGUCUAUUAGAUCUGACAAAUAAGGAUGUACAUUCUAUCCCAGAGCUGAGGAGUUCCCGACUGAAUGUACAGUAAUAGGUUAUGUCAUGGAUGUAGUUUCUGAGUUUUGAUCCCAAAGCCGUAUAUAUGUUGUAUAUAUUAGCUUUGGAAUGUUCGCGGCCAAGCUGUAAUUAGGGUGCUCUAGAGCCUAUUAGUGUUCGCGGCCAACUUGGGAACAUCUGAACCUGGUAUAUUCCAGAUUCUAUUGAUCCAAGAUGAGGUGAAUGGAGUUUCUCACCUUUUCUUGUUACGAUAAGAAAUGCCGAGUGCUAUAGUUAGUACAUGUAUAUCUGGGUCCGCGAUCUGGCAGAGAUGAAAACUUAGGCUAAUGUUUGGUUUGAGCCCGAA